CAUAACAAAAUAAUGCUUUUGCCAUAUCUGCUGUUAACCAUGGCGAUCAUUGUGAUGGUUGCUGGCUGGGUGAAUGAGAACCAUUCCAACUUUAGAUUUUCUUGCCCUGAAGGACAGGCCUUGACGUCGAUCCAAAGUAUAUAUAGCAAUGAAAAGAAGUACCGGCUGUGGGAGUUUGGCUGUUCUGACAUUCCUAGGCAUCAUUCUCGCACUACCUUGCUUGCAAUAAUGUUCAAAACUUCAGCCGUGGGUCACGUGAUGCUGGUCCUCGCUUUUGUGCCGAAGGUCAGCGGCUGGGUCAACGAUUUCGAGAUGCAAGUCAAUUUCAGUUGUCCUCGUGGUCACAGUGUGUCUGCGAUCAGGAGCGACUACAACAGCUACUACACUGACCGUGUCUGGGAUUUCAAGUGCUCGCCGAUCGCGAGAAUUGGAAAAGAGGAGAGCUGCAUGUGGAAGACUCCUAUUAACGGAUUUUCUCAGCAGUUUGUUUUCAACUGCCCUUGGGAUGGUUAUAUUUCUGGAGUGCAAAGCUUCUAUGACAAGACGCACAGGGACAGAGAAUUUAAUUUCCUUUGCUGCCACUUUUCGGAUACGAUGAUGAAGAGUUGUAGCUUCACAGCUAACUGGAUUAACAACUGGCGCAGCCAUUUCCACUUCACGGUACCCUCCAACUCGUUUCUGAGUGGAGUUUCCAGUAACUACUGUUCACACAAAAAGGAUCGACAAUUUUCACUAUCGAUUUGCACCUUAAGGGCUCAGAAGUAGCAGCAAGACACUUGUCCUUUCGUCUCUCCUUUACGAACACGACUCACUCAGCUGAAUUUGGUCUGAUGGAUUGACAAAAGGCUGAUUUGGGAAAGAAUCUGCAUAUUUUUGGACGUCUUCUCAUGAACAAGUAUAUCUGCUACAAUCAUACCUAAAGACCGUGUAAAUAGAUUGAGAGAAAUAAAAUGGUACACCAUACAUA